UUAAAUUGUUAAAAUCUUUGUCAAGCAAACCACUGAAGAUGAAGUCUAAAGACUUGGCUUUUAUCGUCAUAUUAAUCAUCUCAGGAGAACUCUAUGCAGAAGAGAAACCCUGUGAUCUUCCUAGUGUAGAAAAUGGAAGAAUUGCCCAGUAUUACUAUACUUUUAAAAAUCAUUACUUUCCAAUGGGCAUAAACAAAAAAAUGCCAUUCUUCUGCUUGGCUGGUUAUACAACUGAAACUGGGAAACAAGAAGAGCAAACCACAUGUACAACAGAAGGCUGGUCUCCAGAACCAAGGUGUUUCAAAAAAUGCACCAAGCCUGACCUGAAAAAUGGUUAUGUGUCUGAUGUAAAGAUAUUGUACAAAUUUCAAGAGAACAUGCGUUACGGUUGUGCUUCGGGAUACAAAACCACUGGAGGGAAGGAUGAAGAAGUGAUUCAAUGUCUCUCCAAUGGAUGGUCUUCUCAACCAACCUGUAGAAAGGAACAUGACACAUGUUUGGCCCCUGAAUUACAUCAUGGAAAUUAUUCUACAACACAGAAAACAUUCAAAGUGAGCGAUAAAGUGCAAUAUGAAUGUGCUACUGGCUACUACACAGCUGGAGGAAAGAAGAUAGAGGAGGCAGAAUGUCACACAUAUGGAUGGUCUCUCACACCAAAAUGUACCAAAUUAAAGUGCUCUUCUUUAAGAUUAAUAGAAAAUGGUUAUUUUCAUCCUGUAAAGCAAACCUAUGAAGAAGGAGAUGUAGUUCAGUUUUUUUGUCAUGAAAAUUAUUAUCUAAGUGGAUCGGAUUUAAUCCAGUGCUAUAAUUUUGGUUGGUACCCAGAAUCUCCUGUAUGUGAAGGAAGAAGAAAUAGAUGUCCUCCUCCACCUUUGCCUCUAAAUUCCAAAAUUCAAACUUAUUCAACAACAUAUCGUCAUGGAGAAGUUGUUCAUAUAGAAUGUGAACUUAAUUUUGAGAUCCAGGGGUUGGAAGAAAUACGUUGUGAAAAUGGAAAAUGGACAGAGCCCCCAAAAUGCAUUGAACGGAAGGAGAAGAUCGCCUGUGAGGAACCACCCCUAAUAAAGAAUGGUGCGGCGAACCUACACUCUCGAAUUUAUUACCAUGGGGAUAAAGUGACAUAUAGAUGUGCAAAUGGCUACUAUAUGCAUGGAUCAAAUGAGAUAACUUGUAAACAUGGAAAAUGGACACUUCCCCCUGAGUGUGUUGAAAACAACAAGAACUGUAAGCCUCCACCUGAUCUAAUAAACGGGGCUAUUGUUGAUGGGUUAUUGACAAGCUACACAACAGGAUCGUCAGUGCAAUAUAGGUGCAAUGAGUAUUAUUUAUUGAAAGGAUCAAAGACAUCUCAUUGUGAACAAGGAAAAUGGACAUCUCCACCUGUCUGCUUAGAGCCAUGUACUGUAAAUGAGGAUUACAUGAACAGAAAUAACAUAGAGAUGAAGUGGAAAUAUGAAGGAAAGGUCUUACAUGGAGAUUUAAUAGAUUUUAUAUGUAAGCAGGGAUAUGACUUAUCUCCAUCCACCCCACUGUCUGAUUUAUCUGUGCAGUGUAAUAGAGGAGAAGUGAAAUAUCCUUUAUGCAUUAAAAAAGAAUAUAAACGAAUGUGUGCAGCUCCUCCACUUAUUAAAAAUGGUGUCAUUAUUAGCUCUGUAACUGGCACCUACGAAAAUGGUUCCUCAAUAGAGUACAGAUGUUUUGAUCACCAUUUCCUACAAGGAUCUCGGGAUAUCUAUUGUUUAGAGGGAGUGUGGACUACACCGCCAUCAUGUUUAGAGCCUUGCAUUUUAUCUUUUGUUGAAAUGGAAAAGAAUAAUUUACUCCUAAAAUGGAAUUUUGACAACAGACCGUAUAUUUUCCAUGGCGAGUAUGUUGAGUUUCUUUGUAAAGGAGCUGCUUAUCUAGCUGUGUCAUCUAUUAUAGGAUCUGAAAUGAGAGUGCAAUGUGACAGAGGACAGUUAAAAUACCCAAUGUGUAUUCAGAGAGAAAGGAUUCUGUCUUUUCAAGAACACUUAAGGACAUAAAAUAAUGGCAGAAAGAAUAAUAUUUCGACACAUCAUAAAAUCCUUUAAAAACAUAAUUUUUAGAAGAAAAUGUU